AUGCCGAGGAUGCGGUGCCGCCCCCUUCUGGCCGCGUGUGCGGCCGCGGUUCUCGCAUAUCACGGUGAGCUUGCGGGCUUCGUCACCGGAAGCAUCUUCUCGGAGAGGAGAAUAUCUGGGCGGCCUGGACUGGUGCAGAUGCAGGCGCUCAAAAGACUGUCGAAGAAAGAGAAAAUCAUGAAAAACGUGGCCAAUGCGAAAAAGAACGGCCCAAGAACCGUGUCAAAGAGGCUUUACAACAAGCAGAUGAACAAGGUCAACAGCAUCGCGAAGGACGACGACUGGGUCAACGAGUUUCUUUCCUACUCACGGCCACAGCCUGUAGGUGGUGAGUACGUGAUGCCGCCCGCGGUGGCCAAGGCAGCACUAGAAGAAAUCUACGGAGAAGGUCCUGACCUGCAGAACAUCGACCUGGAUGAGCUGGAGGAGGACGAGGAUGAGGGCCCCUAUGCCUAUGCCAGCCGGCCCUAUGAUGCGGAGACAGCUCAGCAGGAAAUCGACGAGAUGGAACGCAUGCGCAGAAAAGCAGACCCUUCUAAAUCGCCAGGAAAGACCCGACGGAAGGCAAGAGUAAGAUGGAACAUGGUGCCGGGAAUUCAGAAGUACGUAGGAGUCGUGCCACGCAAAAUUGCGACCAGCACAACCGGGACAAUGAGCAGCAGCUCCUACAGAUCCCAUCAAGAUGUCUGGAUCAGUGGGGGCUCUGUUCAGUAUGACUACGAAGACAAGCCCUGGUAG